AAAAGCAAGAAACAGAAGUUACUGCCUUAACCAUCAGUAUUUGACAACUAGAGGCAUGCCAGCAACAAGUCUUCUUAGAAGUACUACUUUUUACUAAGAUCUGACGGCACAUAAGCCUUGCUACAGCUCUCCCAAGUAGAAAACGAGUUGGGUAUUCCCACCUGCCCCCCUUUUGAAUUGCAUCAAUUCUGAUUAUGAGCCAGAAAGAGGAAGAAAUGGAGGAUAGCUCCCUGCCACUCUGUGUCACCUGCGGCCAAGCGCAUUUACCAGAAGAGAACCACUUGUACAGCUACACCGAAGAAGUAGAUGAUGAUCUGAUAUGCCACAUUUGCCUGCAACCUUUGCUUCAGCCAUUAGACACGCUCUGUGGUCACACCUUCUGCACAGCCUGCCUUACAAACUUCCUUGUGGAGAAAGACUUCUGCCCCAUGGACCGCAAGCUUGUGAUUCUCCAGACGUGCAGGAAGUCCAGCAUACUAGUGAAUAACCUCCUGGAUAAGCUAAUGGUUAGCUGCCCUUUCACAGAACACUGCUCAGAGGUUGUGCAACGUGGUCACCUUGAACAGCAUUUCCAAACCCAAUGUAAAGGAGCAUCCCACUAUGGCCUUACCAAGGAGCGGAAGAGGCGUUCCCAGGACUGCUCUCCAGACCACGGCUCCAGCUUAGCAGUAGCUUCCCUGGGCCCUGAGCUCUCAGCAGCUGCGGCCAUCGCCUUAAUGACAGACGAGCCAGGGCUGGUGAACCCGGCCUUCAGCCCCACCUCAGAGGACAGCCAGCUGGGGAGCAGCCCCGGAGACCUGCACCGCAGCAACCGCAGCAGAACUCGACACUUUGAACGUUCCACUAUAAGAAGCAGAUCUUUUAAAAAAAUAAACAAAGCAUUCAGUGUUCUUCGAAGGACAAAAAGUGGAAGUGCUGUUUCCAACCAGACUGACCGGGAAAGGGAGGCAGUUGGAAACUCUGCUGCUGGAGAGGAAGAUUCAGAAUGCUCCAUACAACUCCCCGUGACAAAAACACAACACUCUGUGGGAAAACCUGGAAGAAUCACCAAAAACAAGACAGAAAGUUUCCUUCUUUCUAGAUUCAGCAGCUCUUCGAUAUUUAAGGACUGGAAAUAUAAAAUGGUAAAGAAAGGUUUUCCCAGGCUGUAUCACCUGAUUCCAGAUGGGGAAAUUACCUGCAUUAAGAUCAGCCGUACCGAUCCCCAUGAAAAUCUGGCCAUCAGGAUUGUGGGAGGCAGUGAGACCCCUUUGGUUCACAUUAUUAUACAGCAUAUUUAUCGAGAUGGGGUAAUUGCCAGAGAUGGAAGAUUGCUGCCUGGAGACAUGAUACUAAAGGUAAAUGGCAUGGACAUCAAAAAUGUGCCCCACAGCUAUGCGCUGUCGCUCCUGAAGCAGCCCUGCCACGUGCUGCGGCUGACGGUGCUGCGGGAGCAGAGGUACCGAUGCCGGAGCAGCGGCCUUUCCCUGGAUGCUCACUGCACUCGGGAUGACAGCUUCCACGUCGUGCUCAACAAGAGCAGCCCAGACGAGCAGCUGGGAAUAAAGCUGGUCCGCAGGGCCGACGAGCCUGGGGUGUUUAUUUUCAACUUGCUGGAAGGCGGCAUGGCCGCCCGCGAUGGGCAGCUGCAGGAGAACGACCGCGUGCUGGCCAUCAACGGGCACGACCAUCGCUACGGCAGCCCGGAGAGCGCAGCCCAGCUCAUACAGGCCAGCGAGAAGCAGGUUCACUUCGUGGUGUCGCGGCAGACCAGGCAGCAGCCCCCGGACCUGCUGCAGGAGGCGGGCUGGAGUCACAGCGCCGGCAGCUCCCAGCCUUGUCCCGCCGAGAGAAACAACCCCGGCAAGAGCACCCUUCACACUGUGACCUGUCAUGAGAAGGUGGUGGCUGUCCGGAAAGAUCACACAGAAUCACUGGGAAUGACUGUGGCAGGUGGAGCAUCUAACCGGGAAUGGGAUUUGCCUAUCUAUGUGAUAAGUGUGGAACCUGGAGGAGUGAUCAGCAGAGACAGCAGGAUAAAAACAGGUGACAUCCUCCUGAACGUGAAUGGCAUUGAUCUGACGGGAGUCAGCCGCAGUGAGGCCGUCGCCCUGCUGAAGAACACCAACUCCUCAGUGGUGCUCAAAGCCCUGGAGAUGAGAGCAUGUGAAGCCCAGGAGGAGCAGGGUCACCUGCCACCCCCUGAGGACACACAGGUGGCCUCUGAGAGCAGCGAGUGGUCACCAUCCUGGGUUAUGUGGCUGGGGCUGCCACGGUAUUUGUACAGCUGCAAAGAAAUUGUAUUACGAAGAAAUACAUCUGGAAGUCUUGGCUUCAGUAUCGUAGGAGGUUAUGAAGAACAUACUGGGAACAAACCAUUCUUUAUCAAAUCCAUUGUUGGGGGAACACCAGCAUACAAUGAUGGCAGAAUUAGAUGUGGUGACAUCCUCCUUGCUGUCAAUGGCAGGAACACAUCAGGAAUGAUGCAUGCCUGCUUGGCAAGGAUGCUCAAAGAACUAAAAGGAAAAAUUACUCUCACAAUUGUGUCCUGGCCUGGCACAUUUUUAUAAAACAAGUCUUCAUGGAGAGUGACAAGUAUCUUAACAUGGGGAAAAAUUUUACAAAAGGAACAUCAGUCUUUGCUUUUUGGGGGGGGUCAAGUAUGUAUUUAUAAAGAAAAGGUUUGUGAAAUUUCAACCUGCAUGUCAAGAAAAGUCAAGUUUAGGCAAAGCAGUGACACCCGUCAGAAAAUCACUUCAGAGUGAUCCAAGCUACAGACUUAAGUCCUUCCUUCCCUGUGUUCUUAAGGGUUUUUUGUUGGUUUUUUAUACAUGUCUAUAUAUCUAUUUAAUGCAUUAUAAUAAUAAUGAAAUUUAAGGAGCAACAGCUUCUGCUCACCCACUUUAUUUUGAUUUACAAAACGAAAACCUUGAAUAACUUAUGAAAAUAUUUCUUGCAAUUUUUCUAGUUGCAAUAAUCAGGUGAAGGUUUUUAUCCAACACGUUAAUAGCACUUUGGUUAUGUGUACCUUUUCAUGGUCAGCAUGAAGCUGGUAUUUUCAAGACUUUCAAGUACUGUUUGUUAGUCUGUAAAACUGUGAAUGAAAUUUCUAAAAGAAUUAAAAAUAAUUGUAACUGUG